GCGCAGUGAUAAGCAUUGUACAAGCUUAUGAAUCAUUCGUCAAUGGAGCUAACAGCUGCUAAGCGAAGCCGAGCAACAGUCAAGCGUUGGCAACGAACAGAAACGCACGCGAAGUUGAAAGAAACUCCAAACGAAAAGCGGCAAAAAUAUAAGUAAAUAUAGAAACAGUGCAAAACCAACAGCUGAUAAUUCUUCUUAGAUAAAAAAUCGGAAUAACAAAAGCAAAAACAAAUAUAUUGACAUUUGGUGUACGUGUCAAAAAUUAAAGCAGAAAGUUGUUUGUGUAUUGCAAAUACAAGUCAAGUGUUGAAGUUCAAGAAUUCGACAGCAAUUAAGUAAUUGUUUUAAUUACAUACAUCAACAACAUCAAAAAGAAUAACAGUAACAAGUUAAUUAAUCAGCUCAUCAUUGCGAUGGAGAAAUCAGGUCCACCCGUCAAUUAUCCGCGUAUGCCCGCCGGGAUGCAGGAGGCUACACACAGCGGCUACGUCGAUCAGGCACCGGCCGCACCGCCGUCCUAUGAACAGGCCAUUCACACCGCGCCCUAUCCACCAGUGCAGGUGUUGCCCACACCAAGCAGCACUUCCGACGCCGCCAACCGCCCGCCCACACAGCAACAACAACCAGCACAAGCACGCACGAAUAAAACAACAACAACUACUGGUGGUUUUGGCGCUGGCGCACAACACACCUAUGGCGGCAGCACACAGUACGGCGCCACCAGCAUGGGCGGCGCUGGCGGGAGCGGCGGUGUACCGCCAACACAUCACGCUUACAUGCCGAGCGCGUCAGGCACGACGCAGCCGAUGGUACAACAACCUGUUGUAAUCAUACAACAACAAGCUAUUUUGCCCUUGGGGCCGGAGCCAACAUUCAUCACAUGUCCAGGCUGUCACGUUACAAAGCUGACACGCAUCGGCUAUGAACCGAAUGCCAGGACACAUUUAAUGGCGGCGAUACUGUGUAUUGUGGGCUUAUGGUGUUGCGUCUGUUUGCCCUACUGUGCGGAGAGUUGCAUGAGCACCAACCAUUACUGUGGUAAUUGCAAUAAAUACCUGGGCACCUACAAUGGCGGCGGGUUCUGAUGGGCUGGAGUCGCAAGUAAGCACACUCGCCACAUAUGUUGACCUUCGACACUCGACACUCGCCACGAAGCUUUUUAAAACACUUUAUAUACAUUUAUAUGUAGUACAGUAUAUACAUAUGCAUAUUAAUUUAUUGUUGAACGAUGAAAAUUUAAAUUAACUUCAACAGUGUAAAAUUAUACCAAGAAUGUGUAAAAGUUUUAACUAAACUAUUAUUUAUUAACUGAAAAAUAUAUAUACAUAAGCUUUAAAUAUAUUUUAAAGCACUCGAAACUGAAAAUGUGUAUGUGCAUAUAUUUUUUGAAAUAAUAGUUGAAAAUUAAGGUCAUUUCUUUAUGUAUUUAAACAUUUUACUUGACAUAUAAGUAUAAUUAAAUUUAUUUUUGUCAUGUUAUGCAAAUAUAUGUAGCUGUCCACUUUUUAUGCCUUUAUGAGUGAUUCAGUACUACUUGGACAUUAAAUUAAAGACACAGCAAAAGUUUUACAAUGGAACACAUUAUUUAUGAUUAAUCUGCAUUAAAGACAAAAAAAGUACUAUUUUUUGAAUAAAGUCACAAUAUAACAAAAAUUAUAACACAG